AUGUCUGGAGAGAGCGAGAGCUUGGUAAAGCAAACGACACAAAUUGUCCUCUUUAGUCUUGCCGAAGAGAUAGAGAAACCAACUCACAAUUACUUACGCUCCUUCGACGUGUUUAUGUUUGCUGUCUUUUUACUGCAAAUAAUCCAUUCAUCAUGUCUCAACUCUUCUCUGCUACCAUCAUAUUCUCCAUUUUACACUUUGUUGUCUGCUACUUUAUUGCCCUUCCUUCUCAGCCUGGCCUCGAUUCCCUUCUACACGAAUGAGCAAACGUCGUCUCUUCAUCCUACUACUCUUCCUCCGUCUCGCCAGUAG